UAGGAAAAAAUCCCCAUCCCAAGACGGUUUAAGUAGAGGCCGGUAGGCCACUAGCAUCUCCCAACUCGCCGGAUUCACGGUUCAAUUCCACGAACAAAAUGCUGAUGCCACUUCCCUUUCCUCCCCGCCUCCGCCCGCGCGAGCCGUGAUCCCCCAACCGAACAAACCGACCCACGUGUCCGGCCACCGCCAUGGCCGCGUUGCGCCUCCGCCGCGCGGGCGCCGCCCUCGCCGCCGCCUCCGCCGUCAUCGCGGUCGGCGCUGCCGCGGCCUGGCCGUCAGCGUCCGCCUCCGACCCCUCCACCGCGGCCCUCGAGGCGGCGCGGCAGCUCGUGGCUCAGCCGGGGGCGGCGCCGCCCCCGCGCGCCGCGCAGCGUGCGGUUCUGGCGGGUUCGACGCCCGCGGAGCCCCUCGACGUGCUCGUCGUCGGCGGCGGGGCCACCGGCUGCGGGGUCGCGCUUGAUGCCGCUACCCGUGGGCUCCGGGUGGGCCUCGUGGAGCGUGAGGACUUCUCCUCCGGGACCUCCUCCCGAUCCACCAAACUUAUCCACGGCGGUGUGCGCUACUUGGAGAAGGCAGUGUUCAAUCUUGAUUAUGGGCAGCUGAAACUUGUUUUUCAUGCGCUUAAAGAACGCAAGCAGGUUAUUGCGAAUGCUCCCCAUUUAUGCCAUGCUUUGCCGUGCAUGACUCCUUGCUUUAACUGGUUUGAGGUUGUAUACUACUGGUUUGGUUUGAAGUUUUAUGAUCUUGUCGCUGGAAGAAGGCUACUACAUUUGUCACGAUAUUAUUCUGUAGAUGAAUCAGUUGAGCUGUUCCCAACCCUUGCAAAAAAUGACCAUAAUCGUAGCCUCAGAGGAACAGUAGUAUAUUAUGAUGGUCAAAUGAAUGACUCUCGGUUGAAUGUGGGGUUGGCAUGCACGGCUGCAGUUGUUGGUGCAGCUGUUCUCAAUUAUGCUGAAGUGGUCUCCCUCAUUAAGGAUAAAUCUGAGGAGAGAAUCAUUGGUGCACGCAUUCGUGACACACUAUCAGGUAAGGAGUUUGAAGCCUUUGCAAAGGUUGUUGUUAAUGCGGCAGGACCAUUCUGUGACUCUGUGAGGAAGAUGGCUGACAGUAAUGCAGUGCCCAUGAUCUGUCCAAGCAGUGGGGUGCACAUUGUACUUCCUGAUUACUAUUCCCCUGAAGGGAUGGGGCUAAUUGUCCCUAAAACCAAGGAUGGUAGAGUUGUAUUUAUGUUGCCAUGGUUGGGAAGGACGGUUGCGGGAACAACUGAUUCUAGUACGGCAAUAACAAUGCUUCCUGAACCACAUGAGGAUGAAAUACAGUUUAUACUGGAUGCAAUCUCCGACUAUCUUAAUGUUCAGGUAAGGCGUUCUGACGUUCUUUCUGCCUGGAGUGGCAUACGUCCUUUGGCCAUGGAUCCAUCUGCAAAGAACACUGAAAGUAUUUCUCGAGAUCAUGUUGUAUUUGAAGACUACCCAGGGCUAAUAACAAUUACCGGUGGAAAAUGGACAACUUAUAGGAGUAUGGCUGAAGAUGCUGUAAAUGCAGCAGUAAGGUCAGGGAAUUUGAAGCCAGCAAAUGGUUGUGUGACAGAUAAUUUGCGAAUUGUUGGUGGAUAUGGAUGGGAUCCUGCUUCUUUUACUGUCCUUGCUCAGAAUUAUAGGCGAAUGAAAAGGACAUAUGGUGGCAAAGUUAUUCCAGGUGCAGUGGACAGUGCUAUAUCGAAACAUCUGUCACAUGCAUAUGGAACUUUGGCUGAACAAGUGGCUACUAUUGCCCAGAACGAAGGCUUGGGAAAGCGACUUGCUCAUGGAUACCCUUUUUUGGAAGCUGAAGUAGCUUACUGUGCUCGUCAUGAGUAUUGUGAAUCUGCUGUGGAUUUUGUUGCAAGGAGAUGCCGGCUUGCUUUCCUCGACACAGAUGCUGCCAGGAGAGCUCUGCCCCGGAUCAUUGAGAUUUUAGCUUCAGAGCACAAGUGGGACAAGGCAAGGCAGAAGGUUGAACUGCAGAAGGGUAAAGAGUUCUUGGAAACAUUCAAAUCAUCCAAGAACGCCCAAUUCAGUGACGGGAAACAUAAUGGACGAUGACUGAGAGCAUAAUUCUGUGAAUAAGCGUGAAUCUUAUUAUUCCACGAAACAAGGUCACUUCAACAAGCUGUUUCCAAUACAAGAGUAAGCCCGUGAAUGUGUGUGUUCUGGGUCCUGAAAGGUUCAGAUUCCACAUUUGUACGCAUGGUUGUGAAUUGGACGUGAUGAUUUGCGGCAAAAAUAAGAUCUGGUCAUGACACUAUAGUUGUAACUGCAGAAAAUUAGUCGAUUAAAAGAUAAUUUGGUCGAUUUGGAAUUACUUGGACAUAUGUUCUGACGAGUCCACACAGAUCCUCUUGCAGAAUGUUACAAGACCGUCUUGAGGCUUGAGAAAUUCUUUGUGGGGCGCCUAUCUUAUUGGAUUCUAUUUUACACCACUGAAAAGAGUGCAGAUGGUUAUAUGCCCACUGCAUAUACAGUAGUGUGCUUCAUAUCAAUGGUUGUUCAUUCCAUUGGCCUAUGCCAGAACGAUUGUACUUUAUAUGGUCUUAAUGGCAAUGGCAUGACAUUCCAGGGCAUUUUGGUCCUGGUUGUUGUAUGGUGAA